AUGGAAUAGUCAGAAAUGAUUUUUGCAGAGAGGAUAAACAACAUGAGCAAAAAAGACAAAUCAACAAGCACUUAGCACACUACUAUGUGCCAAGUACUUUAAAGAAUAGCAAAAUUAGCUUUUGCCCCCAAGAAGCUCACAAUCUAUGGGGAAAAUAAUAUGCAUAAACAAGAUUUAUGUGGGAUAAAUUUAUAUUGGAUAAAUUAAAGAUAAUUUCAAGGGACGGCAUUAACCCUAAGAAAAACUGCUUUUUUGCAGAAGGUGGGAUUUAAGCUGAGACUAAAGGAAGCCAGGAAGCAAAGGUCAGAAUUUUAGAAAUGGAAACCAGCUAGUGAAAAUGCACAAAGUCAGUAGAUCAAAUGUGUUGGAACAUCAAAGGAAAACAGAUCACUUAAAGAUGGAGUCUAUCAGGGGAAGUGAGAUAUAAGAAGACUGGAAAGGUGGGACAGGGCUAUCUUUCAGAUUAUGAAGAACUUUAAAGGACAGAGGAGUUUACCUUUAAUCCUGGAGGCAAUGAGGAGACAUUGAUAUUAAUUGAAUAGGGGAAUGACAUGAUCAGAACUCUGCUUUAGGAAGAUCACUUUGACUAAUAAAUAUAGAUUGGAGAAAAAACAGACUUGGGAAGGGAGGCCGUCCAGGAGGCUAUUGCAAUAUUACAGGGGGGUGAUAGUUAGGGCCAGCAUCAUGGUGGUAGCUACCUUAGAGGAGAGGAGAUAAAGAAAAACAAUAUUAGGAAAAUUAGAAAUCAGAGAAUUUAGCAAAAGUUUUGAUAUGAGUUGUGAGUGAGGAAUUGAGGGUAGCACUUAGGUUUUCAGUGUGAAUAAUUGGGACUGAUAUUAGUACUCACACUGAUAAUAAGGAAAAAUUAGGAAGAAGGGAAGGGUUUUAGAAAAAGAAGAGUUGUUUUGGAUAACAUAGAGUUUUAAAUGUCUAUGAGAUAAGGAAUUCUAAAUGUCCAGGAGGCAGUUAAAGAUGGAAGCCUGGAAGUCAGCAGAGAAGUUAGGACUUUAUAAGUAGAUCCGAGAACAUUAUCAUAAGAUAAUUCAGAACACUGGAAGUAAUGAGAUUACUAAGUGCAACAGUAUAAAGGGAGAACAGAAGUAGUCCUGGGACAACUCCUUAUGGUAUGCCUACAAUUAACCAGAUGGUACCCAGAUGAAAACUCACCAAAGAAGUCUAAAAAAGACUGGUCAGAUAGGUAAGAGGUAGCCAGGAGAAAUCACUGUCACAGAUAACUAGAGAGAAGAAAGUGUCCAGAAGAGGAUGAUCAAUGGUGUUGAAGAAUAAGUACUGAAAAAACCAUUUACUUGAUUUGAAUUGAAAUUACUGGUAAUCUUGGAGAGGUCAUUUCAGUUGAAUGAUCUGGAAGUCAAGCUGAAGAGAGUAACAAAUUAUUGUGUAUAGCCUUCUCAAAGAGUGUGGCAAGAAAGAAUGGGAAGAAGGAGGAAAGGAGGAUAGUAAAGAAGGAAGAAAAGGGAAGGAAGAAGAGAGGAAGGAAGGAAAGAAAAGAGGAGAAAGGAAAGAAGAAAGGAAGGAAAGAAGGAAAGGAAGAAGAGAGGGAGGAAGGAAGGAAGAAAGGGAAAAAAGAAGGACAGAAGAAAAGGAGGAAAGAAAGGAAGAUAUACACGGGGAUGGACAGAAAGUAAAUAUUUUGAGAAUAAAGGAACCAUGGGAAUGUUUUGUAGGCAGCAAGAAAGCAGAUGUUAAGGAUAUGACAGUUGAAAGCAAGAUGGCUUUUGAGCUGAGCCUUGACAAAUUUCAUAAAACUGGAUAAGAACAAGAGUUUAGUUUUAGGGGUGGAGGGCAAUUUAGAUAGCAUCCUGAGUGAAUUCAUGAGAAAUGUAAUAAGGUCUGAAAAACAUGGAAUUAGAAAUAACACAGACAUCAUCGGGUCUAAUCCACCUCAUUCUAUAGAGAAGAAAACUGGGACCCAGAGAGUAAGCGGCACCGUUUGUGCAUUGGGGAGCUACUGAAGGUAAUAAUCCAACUAUACAAUUUUGGUCGUGGUUCAAUAAGAGCUGCUUAUUUUGUUAAAUAAUAAAAGGCUUUCUGGGAAAGUGACGGAGGAAGGACUUGGAAAUGAAUGUGACUUAGAAAAACGAUGCCAUCCCUUAAAAAAAAAAAAAAAAAAAAGCCUGGGAGUCCGGGAACCUGGAGAUGACAAAGGUCGAGCGGUUUUGGCACCUAAUUGGAGGGAAGGGGGCAGACGGACAGUCAAAGGCUUCCAAAGAAUCAUAGAACGCAGAACUUCAUCACCCACGUGGGUUUUAGGGACCAUAUAGUAGUCAAACACCACCUGUCUUUUAUUUUACAUAUGGGGAAACUGAGGUCCAGAAAAAGAAAGUAUCUAAGGUCACACGGAUAGUGGAGUGCUCAGGCUAGAACCCCUAAUCUAGUCCAGUCCCCCUUUGUCUGGGAGCCCAUCACUAUAACUAAAUUACCGAUUUAUAUCUUUGGGAGGGACUUCUCUGGGAAGUGACCUAGGACUUCAUCAGAAAAGCAGGACCUGCCAGGUAAGCAGGACCUAACCAGGUAACUUGCCAGAUCUGCAGAAGGCACGAAAACCUGCUCAACAGCUGGACUCACAGUCCAAGUGACUAUUUUCCCCCCUCCCCCACACACUCCCUCCUUCCUCAUCCCCUGCUCUUCUUUCUCUAGCCCCCGCAAUCCUCCAAUGGGGAUAGUGUCCCACCUAUUCGAAAGUAAGCUCCUUGAGGGCAAGGGCUAAAUCUUGUAAAGCUAUUCCCAGCACCUAGCAAGGCGCCUGGGGCACAUACAUAGUUAGUGCAUAAUACAUGCUUUUUCAUUCAUUCAUUAGAGUAUUUGAACCCGAAAAACCACAAGUUCCGAAAGCCACAGCGCGAAGGAUCGAGCACGCGGAGGAAUGGCUUCAUUGGGUAGAAGAAGGGGAGGGAGAACUUUAAGGCGGGUCUAAGCCAACGCACUGGGGAGGAGCCCUUUGCCCCUUUACCCGGUGCCUGCGAUCCAGCAGAAUGUAAGCUCCUUGCGGGCAGGGAUUGUUUAUAUUUAUUUGUAUCCCCAGCACUCAGCAUAUGGCCUUGCACAUAUUAGGCACUUAAUAAAAGUAAAAUUGAAAUUGAAUAGAAUUUAAGCAGAGAUGGACGGGUCUUUCACCCAAUAGGUACGAGAGAACUUGGGGGCCAAUGCCAGAACGAGUUCGACGCCCAGGGAAGGGGAGGGGAGAAGAGAAGAAGGCGGCCUCACAACAGGCAGCGUCCAAUGGGCGCGUGUAGGGGGCGGGCUCUCGGGCUAGGGUGGGAGGAGUCCUGGAGCUGGAGCACGAAGUGCUGCUGGGCCGGCGGCGGAGGCGGCUGCGGUUCUGUCGGUUCUGAGUCUUGGGGACUGGAUGUCCUUGCUUUAACGCCGCGGGUCGUGAAAGGGAAGAUUCAAAGAAAGCGCCGAGGUGGAACAAUAAAUUCCAGGCAGUCUCAAAAACGAGAACGAUUAGUAGGUCCAGCUAUGGAGAUGACUUCAGAAGUUGAGCCAAUAGAACUUGUAGAAAGUGCUGGAGAAGAGGUGGUGGACCUCACCUGUGAAUCUACUGAACCGGUGGUAGUGGAUCUGACUCACAAUGAUUCUGUGGUGUUUGUUGAAGAAAAUCGAAGACAAAGGAGAAACCCGAGGAUGAGUCGAGGGCAGCCUGACAGCUGUGUUUUAAGUAGUGAUGAUGAAGAAACAAGAGACAGCGAUGUGUACGUGACAGAAAAUCCACCCGGAGAAUCAGUUGUUUUGGAAGAAGAAACAUCAAGCAUAAGGCCUUCUGGUACUGUUAGUUGUCCAAUUUGCAUGGAUGGAUACUCUGAGAUUUUGCAAAGUGGACGACUUAUAGUCUCUACAAAAUGUGGUCACGUCUUCUGUAGCCAAUGCCUCCGUGAUGCCCUUAGAAAUGCUAGUUCCUGCCCAACUUGCCGGAAAAAGCUGAACCAGAAACAGUAUCAUCCAAUUUAUAUAUGAUAUGUACUAUGUUUCUCAGGACAGCCUUACGUGGAUUGCUGUGAAAAUGUCCUGAGUUUGUCAACAUACCUGACAGUAAGGAGAACUGAUUUUAAAAACGAUUUUACCUGGGGUGUUUGCAAGCAGAUUUUAUGGUCCAAGCUUAAAUGUCAUAAACCUAGCUCUUUUUUUUUUUUCCCCAUCGCAUUUGAUAAGGUUGGGCUGAAUUUCUGAGGGUCUGUCAAAGUUAGUUGAGUCAUGUGUUUUCUCUCAACAUAUUAGUCCCUGUGUUUGACACAGCUUCUCUGUACCACUAGGGUGUGUGAGCUCUUGGGUUUCAAAGUCAUCUUAAUCAAGUAAUUGAAUCUCAUAAGCCUAAAAGAAUGAAAGGUAAGACAUCAGCAUAGAUGAGUGGCCUCUUUCCACUUGGAAGGUGAAGAGGUGGGAAGGGCGAUUGAAUUCUGCUCCCAGCAGGCCCAUCUGUUUCACAUGCCUUGGUGUAAAAAGCCUGUUUUUGAUUCACAGCCUAGCAGAAAGAAGGAUGUAAUGAGAGGCCCUAAGUCUUCCCCUGGGAAAAAGAAUAUGCUGAUGUAUUGAAGAAAUUGCAGAGCUCCCAAAGCUCCCCAGGUGUAUAGCUGCUGGGUCUCCUCCACCAGCACACUCAACUAUAGAACAGUGACUCUGGGUCUCUCUGGAACCUGGAAGCAAACUCACUGGAGGCUUUUUAUUUUUAUUAACUAUUAUGAAAAAAUUUCUUAUUGGCAAGGCCCAGAUUUUCCAAGCUUCACUUGAUCAUUAGUCAUGUGUUUCUAUUUUAAGACUCAUAAUCUUAUUUUAAUUAGUGUCCAUUGUUCACUUUUCUUCUUUCCUCCCUUUCCCUAAUUAAGUAAUCAUCAGUUGGUGAUCAGAGAGAGCUGUUUCAUAAAGUUUAAUGCCAAAUUAUAGAACUUGGGCUUCAGAACACAUCCCUUUUCAAUAAGAUUCUCUACAGUUAUCUCAGCCAUUUAUCAUUAUUAGAGGUCUUUGUGUCAGACUUUUAUAGAAAUUUUAUGCCCUUUAGCAUUUUAAGUUAGUGGCAUCUAAAAGAGUGAAUGAUCCAGUUCUGAGUAAUGAUAAGUUAUAGAUUUUUUUUUGCACAAAGAAAUUGAACCAUAUCCUAAGUGAGAUUGCUAACUAGGUUCCCUCCUUAAAGACUCAGCUUUGUAAUAAAGCUUGUUGCUUUUGAAAUUGUCAUUGAAUUGGGGCAGAAGUAGUUCAGACUUUCACAUUCCUGCGAAAGGCUGGAUAUUGACAGUGGCAAUAAUUUCUCUCUCUUUCUGCCACGUCUAUCUACUGUUCAUAUUCUCAGGAAUGUUGAUAAUGUGGUAAUGUUAUAAAUUUGCCCCAAAGAUACAAAGUAUGGGGCACAAAAAAGGCUUAAUAUUUGUAUUGUAAUAAAAACCAUUUUGUGUUAUUGCCUUCUUAUCCCUUGACUAUCUCUUCAUCAAGUGGUUGGGGCAAGGGGCACAGCUCCAUUUUCCCCCCAGCAUGUAUUUUGCAGGUGAUGGAAGUAGUUUGUGACAUUACUUAGCUACUUGGGAGGAAAUCAGUUCACUGCAACUUCAGUCCAAGUCCUUUCUGCCUGUUUGUUGUUAAUCAUAUCAGUAGUGUUCACCCCCUGUUUUGUGGUGGGAAUUAAUUUUUUGAAUCUGUGCCUAAUUGGGAUAGACUUUGUUUUAAGAAUCUUUUGGUGUGUGUAAUUUUUCAUCAUCUAUGAAACCCUUUGUUUUUUGAUGGUCCAUGCCUGUUGAGUUGAUGCAGUCUUGCCUCUAUACAAACCAUGAUGCUUGCCUACUGAAAAAUUGUGGGUUUUGUCCUUUGCUUUUAUCUUUUUAUCUGGGGAAAGCUGAUAAACUUUAAUCUGUACUUUGUAAUUGCUUGUUCUUCACAUCAGUAAAGAAUUCUUAAAAUCUUGUAUUUCUUGUCCAUAACCUCCUAGAAUUAUUUACUUAAAACAAAAUGAAGUUUUGUUAUGGCUGUUUAGAAAGAAGCAAUUCUAGCUUUGCUACUGGUAACCAACUUUAAGUUGGAUGAAACAAAUUACUGUAUAAAACUUAAUUUAAAAUGAGCAUUUCCCCCUUGCUACAGGAAAAAGCAGUUGUAUUAGCAAUUCUGAUUUUUAAAAAUUACAUUAAAUAUCUUUUUAGUUAUAAUAUAUGUCAUUUUUUAUUCAUCAAGUCAAGAAUAGGAGUGUAUUAAAGAUUAAUUUGGACUGAUAUGUGUAUAGCUUUCUGGUUUUAGCUUUAGUUUUGAAUGAUAUUUUUGAUAAGUUUGUAUUUCCAAGUAAAUAUUUAUUUUUUUUGUCCUGUAUUAACUGUACUGAUGUGUAAAAUCUUUAAGAAAAAAAUCUAUAGAAUAUACAGCAGGUUCUUUGGCUAUUUUGUUUUGUGACUCUCCUUGAAAACCUAGACCUGUCCAAUUCUAAGCUGUUGAUCUCAAAUGUUAUUGUAUUAUUUCAUUGUAAAUCUAAAUUGAAAAGGUAAUAUUUAGUUGUAGUUAUUUACUUAGUAUAUAGCACGCGCAUAGUUUUCCAAAACUGCAAAAUAUAAACAGGCUGAUUAUGUAAAAAAUCAUACUUUUACUUUAUCUGUGUAUAUAGUUCUUUUUUUUUUUUGUUAUUUAAAUUGUAUCCAUGUCCAUGUGUCAGGUCUGUUUUGAACUUCAACUAAAUGGUUGUUAAUUAAGAUGAAAAUAAACCCAUUAAUUUGAUGUACAA